AAAGUCUAUAUAUAUUCUUUACAAUUGGAGCCACUUUUUAUAUAUACAUUUGAAUAUUCUUUUCUAUGCGAUUGCAAGCUACACUCUAUUGCUUUUUCUGCUGCCUUAGUAAUUCCCUCUUAGUCUUCUUCCAUCACCCACCACAAACUCACUAUCCAACCACGGAUCCAAAUCUACACUCUCGUGCACGCUGUAAUGGCAGAGAGUGUAGUUACCUUUGUUUUAGAUCACUUAGCCCAGCUUGCCUCACGCGAAGCUAACUUGCUGUGUGGCGUGGAGGACAGGGUCCAGUCCCUCCAGUACGAACUUCAAAUGAUCAAAGAGCUACUCAAUACCACAAAGAGAAAGAAGGGAAUGGAACAUACUGUAUUGAACCAAAUCAGAGAUGUGGCCCACUUAGCUGAGGAUGUCAUCGACACUUUCGUAGCCAAAGUUUCCAUUUACAAGAGGAGAACCAUUCUAGGGAGGAUGCUCCGUGGCUUUGGCCAAGAAAGGUUGCUCCACCACGUAGCCCACAAAAUAGACAAGCUCAAAACCACUCUCAACGAGAUACGCGACAACAAGGACAAAUAUGAUGCUUUCAAAGAAACCACUGAUCAAUCCGCAGUGGAAGAGGAGGAGAAGGAAAGGUUGCAAUUGCUGCACAAGCUAAGAAGAGACGUGGAGGAAGAAAAUGUAGUUGGCUUUGUCCACGACUCCAAGGAUGUCGUCAAGCGACUCCUAGGAGGUGGUUCAAAUCGUGAAGUUGUCUCUGUCGUUGGCAUGGGGGGAUUGGGGAAGACCACCCUUGCCCGAAAGGUCUAUAAUAGCAGCCAGGUGAUGAGCCACUUCGAUUGUCAUGCAUGGGUUUAUGUCUCAAACGAGUGUAGAGUUCAUGAUCUUUUGAUUGACCUUCAUAAGCAUUUGAUGCCAGAUUUUGAACAGCAACGUAGAGGCAACAAAAGAGGCAACAAAAGCGCAGGAGACAUUAAGGACCUUAGUAAGGAGGAACUGAAGAAACAUGUGUGGAACUACUUGGAGAGGAAAAGGUAUCUUGUGGUGGUAGAUGACUUGUGGAAAAGGCAGGAUUGGGAUGACGUGCAAGAUGCUUUUCCAGACAACAACAGAGGCAGCAGAAUAUUGAUCACUAGUCGUUUGAAAGAGGUGGCCUUGCAUGCUGGUGAUGAUGAUCCUCACCAUCUUCAAUUCCUUAGUGAAAAAGAAAGUUGGAAGUUGUUUUGCCGGAAAGCGUUUAGGGGUAAAAACUGCCCUUCUGAUUUGGAGCCUCUAGGAAAGCAAAUGGUUCAAAGUUGUCGUGGUUUGCCGCUCUCCAUCGUUGUUUUAGCAGGGCUGCUAGCCAAGAAGGAAAAGUCAGAUCGUGAAUGGUCUAAAGUGGUAGGUCAUGUUAAUUGGUAUCUGACUCGAGAUGAGACCCAAGUGAAGGAUAUAGUUCUCAAACUCAGCUACGACAACUUGCCAAGGAGACUAAAACCAUGUUUUCUCUAUCUUGGAUUAUUUCCUGAAGACUUUGAAAUACCUGUUACGCCAUUAUUGCAAAAAUGGGUUGCUGAGGGUUUUAUACAAGAUACAGGAAAUAGAGACCCAGAUGAUGUUGCGGAAGACUACUUGUACGAGCUCAUCGAUCGCAGUUUGGUCCAGGUAGCAAGAAUGGAUUUUAAUAGAGGUUUGGAGACAUGUAAGGUUCAUGAUCUUCUUCGAGAUCUUUGCAUAUCAGAGAGCAAAGAGGACAAAGUGUUUGAAGUUUGCACAAACAAUAACAUUCUACUCCCUACCAAACCUCGUAGACUGUCCAUUCACGUAGACAUGGGUCACUACAUUUCUUCAAGCAGUAAUGACCAUUCAUGUAUUCGUUCCCUGUUUUUCUUUGGGCCACAUUAUAAGGUUCGUGGCAGAGAGUGGAAAUGGCUUUUGGACGACUUCAAAUUGAUUCGAGUGUUAGAGUUUGGACCUAACGACCGGAACAAGAUCCCUUCCAACUUAGGGAACUUCAUCCACUUAAGGUACUUGAAAAUAUUAUCUAGUUAUGAUACAUUUGUUCCAGAUUCGAUACUUAACCUUUGGAAUCUACAAACCUUAGACCUGGGUAGUUGGGACCAUCUCAUGCCAGUGUCUUUCCCUGGUCAAAUUUGGAAACUGAAACAUUUAAGGCACUUGUAUACACAAGGGCCUAUCAAGUUGCGAGGAAGAUGUUCAGAACCAGAUGAGAAGAUGUGGAAUCUUCAAACCAUCUCUCUUGUAUCAAAUACGCAAGCAAUAUCUCUAAUAAAGAAAGGAAUAUUCCCCAAUAUUAAGAGGUUGAGGUUGAGGGAGGAACAUGGUUUCGUAGGUGAAUUACCCAAUUUAUUAGAGAACCUACAACAAUUAAAUCAUUUGAAUAAAUUACUGAUUUUGUCCCCUUUCCGGCAGGGUUACAAGCUACAAGAACGGGUUCAAAGCCUAGGACAAUUAAGUUGUUUAACUAUCUUAAUAAUUAGUGAUGUUGUAGAUCUUUUAACCUCUAUGCUCAUAUUACCCCCAAACAUUACAGAGUUAACAUUGUCACAGAUUAACUGGAUUACUGAUGAGGGGAUGAAUAGUCUCGCAAAUCACUCCAAACUCAAAGUUUUGAGACUUCGGGGAACAGGGUUGUUUCAGGAGGAUUCCUUUGACCUCAAUUGUGCCGAUGGUGGCUUCCCACAACUUGAAGUGUUUAAAAUGAGAGAUAUAAAACUUCGAAAGUGGAGAUUAGGCAAUUGUGCGAUGCAGAAGCUUCAAAAUGUGUUUAUCCAGAGAUGUCAACCAUUAGAUCAUCUCCCAACUGAACUUUGUUCUUUGAAUGAAUUGAGAGAAGUACAUAUAACGGAAGAUCCCUCAAAACAAAUGACUCACAUCUUAGAAAUUUUGAAAACAAAUAAUGGAGUUCGAGUCAUUAUAGGAGUUUUUCCAACUCCAGAUGUUGAGUGGGAUCAUGUUAGUAGAGUGACGUAUGAGAUUUAUUAUUCAAAAUAGUUUGUUAUUUAUUUUAUGGA